AUAGACUUUUUCAAUGUUGAUUUUUCUAUAUUGAAUCUUUUUUUCCAACUCUUUGCUGGAAAGUUGAACAUGCGUGGUCAAUUUCGAGAUCCUGCAGGCAGAUUGGCAAAUUUCAGGAAACAAGGCUCUGCAUUUCAAAAUUGGUAAUCUUGAAAAACUGAACGAGCAGGUUGUACGCCAAUCGCCAUAGUUCAAUUUGACAUGGUUCACACUGCGUCAUUUAGUGCCAACACCAUACCUAGGUCCACAAAUUCUGAGAUGAGAUCGAGGGCCGAAUCCAUCGAUCGGGAUAAGGUUUGCCGAGAUCGCAGAGCCAACCUUAUGCAAGGGGCUAUUGACGGAGUACCAAUUAUUACGUCGUCGAUCUAGCAGGAUGUUGCUUUUGGCGAUAAAAUGCACUUUGCAACGGUCUCAAAAGAGGAGAGAAGUCAACACCUGGGAUUUGAGAGGCCCACUAACGCUACAUGCCAAUGACGACACCACUCAUGAGAGACGUCAAAGCAGCUCCCAAAGGGCUGGGUGGCCUUUUGAGAAACGUAGUAGCCUGGACGUAGGAGCAGAACGCGCAAAUCGUACUGCUCACCAUUAAAAGCCCGCGGUCGGCGUUCACUGGAAUAUUGACGGCCUGUCCUGAAAUAAACUACUUUUUUUCUUCUCGUUUGUAAACGUAAUCUAAUCACAGCCCAAAACUUGGACUUGGCAAAAGAACCAACGCAGCAACAAUGAAGGACCGCAAGGAUGUCAUCACCGAGUUCAACUCGCUCGUCAACAUGACGGCCUCUGACCUGGAGUCGUGGCUCAAGUCGGACGACUCCAACUCGGCCGGGUGGCCCAAGGACGGCGGCGAGGACAAGAAUGGCGAGACCGUUGGGCACGACAGCGGGCGCAAGAUUGUGGAGAUCCUCGAGGCGAACCCGGACAAAAAGGAGGACGAAUACACGGAUGAGCAGGUCGAGCACAUGCGCAAGGUCGUGUCUUAUUGCAAGCGACAUUUGGCACAGGAGUCCAAGGGCAACAGUGAAAAGUCCGAGGAGGAGUUGAAGAAGACAAAGUCAUAUGCGUCGCUCAAGAACUGGGGCCAUGAUAUCCUCAAGGCUACGCAAGGAAAAUCGUCUGCAAAUGGCAACUCGGAUUCAACUGACGAGAAUGAGGACGCCAGCGACGAGAAGAAGGGUUCAGCCAGCAACGGCAAGUCCAAAUCCAAGUCACCCUCUCAAACCCCAAAACGCCAGACUCGGUCCGCUGCGAAGGAUGCCGAGGCAAAUGAGGAGGAAGAGGAAGAGUCCAAGGAGAACGCCGAGGAAGAGGAGGAUGAAGAAUACAAGGAGGAGGAUGAGGAUGAGGCUGGCGACGAGGAUGAAAGCACUGCCAAGUCUGGCCAGAAGCGCAAGGCGGCCGACGGCGAACAAAACGGGGCGCACAAGAAGCAGCAGACGAGCAAGGGUGCAGGCGGGAAGAAGCAAUCGACCGAAGACGAGGCCGAGGAUGUCGACAAUGAUGAAGAUGGCGAUGAAGAAGAGGACGAACAGAUGGCUGAUGGCGACGAGGACGAGGAGGGUGGAGAAGAGCAGGCCAGCGACAAGGAUGGCGAGACGGAAGCGGGUGAACAAGAAGACAAAGAAGAACCAGAGGAAGAAGAAGAAGAAGAAGCAGAAGACGAGUCUAGCGGCAAGGGCGACGCCAAAAACGGACCCAGCAAGGGAGACACGGUCAGUUGGAAAUGGGGCAACAAUCAUCCGGAAGGGAAAGUUUUGGAUGUCAAAGAGGAAGACACGUCUAUAACAACCAAAAACGGCAAUCAAGUCAGUCGAAAGGGCACCAAGGAUGACCCAGCAGUGGUUCUGGACGCAGGAAAAUCCAAGGCCAUCAAAAAGGCGCAUGAGCUAGACUAGAAAGAGAUAAAAACAAGGUAAUACUGUGGAGGCUGGCAUUUAAAUUUCGAUGUUUGUCUGUCUUUGUUUUACUCGCCCUUAUUGGUUUGGC